AUGCCCUUCUUCACCCGCUCAUAUCUUCAUCAAAACAUCGCGCGUCAACGACAUCUCCAAGAUCGAUCUUUUGGCUCUUUGGUGCAAGCCAUUUGCUCGCUGGUCCUUCUACAGCCAGUUCAGAGCCAGGAGAAACGCUCAUGGCCGAACCGUGAAGCAAGAGCUGACGCUCACUUGGCUCUGGCUGUCAACUUACACUCGCAGUCUGAUUUAGGCCAGAGCCCGACUCUGGAGACAAUCAUGACGAGUGUCUUUCUGUUCGCCUGUCAAUUCUGCAAGGGCAAUUUCGAUGCAGCCAGAUUUCGACUUAGGGAGGCCGCAGCUCUAGCCGAAGUGAUGAAUCUCGACAAGCCUGAAUCUUAUGGCCGGAUUGGUGACACAGAAAAACAAAGGAGACUCCGCACAUUGAUCAGCCUCACAAUCAUUGAGAGGAUUUACUCAGUUCAAAGAGACUACAUUCCAGCCACGAAACUACUAAGCCGGAACAAGUUGCAAGAGCUACAAAACGCCAUCGCAUCUUCACAUGAUAGGGGUGAAAGCGAGAACAUCAUUGCCAUGGAAUGCAUCAGCAACAUGCUCGAGCAGGUGGACUUCAUCGAUCCCGAUAUAAUAAAAUGCUGGAAAGGUUUCUGCUGGGAAGAAGAGGCCCCGACACACGUCACCAGAAGCACAAUACUCGCUCUCCUCCGACGCUACCGGAUUCCACCACAAUUUUCCGGGCUUUCUGGUGUCGAUACUCAUGCUCAACAUGCAGAUAUUCUUGUUACCAGGCAUUGGAUCAGGAUCAAGCUGUGGUCUUUAGCCAAUAGCCACGGCUACGUUGAAGCCCUAUCUGACGAGGAGGAGUUCCGUCAUGAAUACGCCGUGACCAUUGCCAGCGAGGCUCUUGACACCUGUUUGCAGUUCCAAAUGACUAGUCUCGAAGUACAUGGCAUUGGGCUUCACAACAAGUCAACAUAUACUCGCCUGUCCAUGAGUUGCCCAUUCAGUCAGACUUAA